UGGUCUUUUUGCUUCACAUGAAGUGGAUCAUGCUACACCCCUGUCCACCCCAGGGAUGAUUGAAUGUUCCAGGCACACAUUCUCAGUAUCUGGCUAUCAGAUGUUCCAAGUGAUGAGGUUUGCUGUUGAGGAGAUUAAUAACUCCACCACCCUCCUGCCUAGUGUUUCUCUAGGCUAUGAGAUUUUUGACCAUUGUUCUGCAACAAAGAAUUUCCCGGCAGUUUUCAGUUUUAUCGCAGAGAAUGGAUCAAUAAAACCUAAAGAAAUGCACAACAACCAUCAGCCUAAAGUAAUUGCUUCAAUAGGACCAUAUGCAAGCUCAAUGACGAUUGCACCGUUGUUCACAGUUGAUCUUAUACCAAUGGUGAAUUAUGGAGCUUCCAGCUAUGCAUUAAGUAAUAAACUUCAGUAUCCCUCUUUUAUAAGAACAAUCCCCAGCAACAAAGACCUGAUACAGAUGAUUAUUCACAUCAUUAAGUGGUUUGGAUGGAACUGGGUUGCCUUUCUUGGUGGUCAAGACGAUUACAGUGAGGACGGCCUGAGACAGUUUAACAAGUAUAUUAGCAAUACUGGCAUUUGUUUGGCCUAUCAAGAGGCUCUUAGCCUAGAGGCAAACUACAGUCUAGCACUUAAAAAAAUUGAUUUGCUCAAAAUCAAUGUCAUUGUGAUUUUCGCUGUGCCACAAGUUGCAAAAAACAUAAUUAAAGCAGCAAUAGCAAACAACAUCCGAAACAAAGUUUGGAUUGCAGGUGAAACAUGGUCUAUGGAUCAACAGCUUCCAAGAGAGUCAGGAAUAGACAAAAUCGGUACAGUUAUUGGCAUUACAGAGAGAUUACAGACAUUGCCCGGAUUUGAUGAAUUCAUCUAUAAAGUCAAAGGAGCAUCGGAUAUACACAAUAAUUAUAGCAUUGAAGUCCAGAGUUAUACCUGUAAUCAAGCUUGUGAAAGCUGCACACCAUUGACAGCACAGGAGAUUAUAAAUGAAAAUCCCACAUUCUCCUUUGGCAUCUAUGCUGCCAUAUAUACCAUAGCUCAUGGAUUACAUAAAGCUCUUCAGUGCGAAAUGAGCGAAUGCCACAAAAACACAACAGUUAGGCCAUACAUGCUUCUGGAAAAAAUGAAGAAAGUGGAUUUUCCACUCAAUGGUCGUCAGGUAAAAUAUGAUGAUAAUGGUGAUCCAACUGUCAAUUAUGCAGUCAUUCUCUGGCAUACUGAAAGAAAUCCUCCAUGGUUUGAGAUGGUGGGCACAUAUGAUACAUAUCCAGAAAUUACCUUUACCAUCAACAGCUCUCUCUUGCCCUGGCAUAACAAUUCUGUUCCUUUAUCAAAUUGCUCUGCUGAGUGUAAGGAGGGAUUUUCAAAGGUACCCGAAGGAUUCCAUGAUUGCUGUUUUCGGUGUGAAAAAUGCCCAAGAAACAGCUAUGUGAAUUAUUCUCGUAAGUAUGUAGUGCACUUUUCAAUGACACCUUGGUAUUUCAGACUUUUCAGUCCAUACUACCACCUCAAAACUUUACU